AUGGCGGAACACGGGCAUAAUAUGUGGGAGGAGGAGCCAUCGAAGGGACGUGAUUCCCUGGAUUCGGAUUCGUCAGCGUCGACGACAAGCCUCGUGUUCGAUCAGAUCAGCGAGCGUGUGGCAGCGGAGUCGGGGACAACGAAGGGGAAGCGAAUGCGUUAUGGGCACGACGAGGCCGAUCUGGGGGCACGACUCUCCGAGCUAGAUGACGAAGACCCGCUCAAAGACGAGGCCAGUGGCGACUACGAUCUCGAAACGGGGCCGUUCUUGGGCGGCCACGGGCACAACAGCAAUCACGAUGGCUUGUCUGCGGCAUCGGGGUCUGCUGGGAAGACUCAGGGAGGAUACCGCAUGAUGGAUCGAGGCCUGCGACGCGUUCUGAUCAUCGCAUCGCUCGUGUUUGUGACAGCAUGGGUGGGAGGACUAUUUAUCUACAUCUCGCACAAGUCGUAUCUGCACGGGUCGGAGUUCGAGCACGAUCCGCAGGCGACGGUAUCGCGUGGCAGUCUGCGAAAAAUCACGCGCGAACAGGUGGACAACGGCUUCUGGCGGCCGGUGAAAGCCAGCAUCGCAUGGGUGGCGGGCCCGGCGGGCGAGGAUGGGCUGCUGCUGGAAACGAAUGCAAGCGGGGCGAGCGACAAGGCAUACCUGACAGUGCAAGACGUGCGGUCUCUGCAGCAGGGCUUGGACGCUUCGACGGAAGCAGCAGUGGCAGCAGCGCGUCGCACGCUCGUGGAGAAGUCGACCUUUACAUUUGCCGGCAAGACAUACCGCAUCGGGUCGUCGAAGGCGAGCAAGGACAUGAGUAAGGUGCUUCUGGGGGUGGAUGUGCAGUCGAACUGGCGGCACUCUAGCACGGCGGCCUACUUCAUCCUAGAGGUGGCGACACAGACAGUGCAGCCGCUUAUUCCAGGUGAGGUGAGUGCGCGUGUGCAGCUGGCACAGUGGAGCCCGCAGAGUGAUGCAAUUGCGUUCACGCGCGACAACAACCUCUACUUUCGGCAAGUAGUCGCAGGCAGCAGUAGCAGCGCCGAAGAUGCAGACAGUGUGAUCAAGCAGAUCACCACGGACGGCGGACCAGAGCUGUUCUACGGUGUGCCGGACUGGGUGUACGAAGAGGAGGUGCUGGGCGGAGCAAGCGCAACAUGGUGGUCGCCAGACGGACGGUACAUUGCGUUUCUGCGGACAAACGAAACGGGGGUGCCCGAGUACCCAGUGCAGUACUUUCUGCACCGACCAAGCGGUGCAGCACCUGCCGAAGGCGAGGAAAACUACCCGGAAGUGCGGCAGAUCAAGUACCCCAAGGCCGGAGCACACAACCCAGUAGUGGACCUGCAAUUCUUUGACGUGGGCCGCGGCGACUCGUUCUCGGUGGCGGUAUCGGGCGAGUUCGCCGACGAGAACAGGCUGAUCACAACGGUGCUGUGGGCGGGUGCGCAAAAGGUGCUGGUCAAGGAGACGAACCGGGUCAGCACGGUGAUGCGCGUGGUGGUGGUGGACGUGGCGGCGCGCAGCGGCCAGGCAGUUCGUACGGUCGACGUCGGUGCUAUCGAUGGUGGCUGGUUCGAGAUCUCGCAGCGGACACGUUUCAUUCCGGCCGAUCCGGCACGCCAGCGACCGGAUGACGGCUACAUCGACACGAUCGUGCACAAUAACGGCGACCACCUGGCCUACUUCAGUCCGCCCGAGAACCCGGAGCCGAUAAUGCUAACGGCCGGUCCCGACUGGGAGGUUGAUGAUGCACCGGCAGCCGUCGAUCUGGAGCGCAAUCUGGUCUACUUCCUCGCCACCAUCCAAGGCAUCACCCAGCGUCAUCUCUACAGCGUGCGGCUGCUUGACGGCGGUGGCCUGUCCCCGCUGACCAACACGUCCGAGCCCGGCUUCUACGGGGCAUCCUUCUCGGCCGGAGUCGGUGCUGGCUACGUGCUGCUUGAAUACGGCGGGCCCAACAUCCCGUGGCAGAAGGUCAUGAACACGCCGGCUGCUGCGGCUGCUGCUGCUGCUGGUUCUGCUGACGUAAGCAAGCAGAUGCCUUUUGUGCACGUGCUCGAAGACAACCACGAGCUGGCGGAGCGGGCACGACAGUACGCUUUGCCGCUGCUGGUGCGCGGGACGUUUGAUGUGAAGGGCCACGACGAGGGCGUGGGCGCAGGCAAGCUCAACUACCUAGAGCGCCGACCGCCGCACUUUGACCCUAGCAAGAAGUACCCGGUGCUGUUUCAGCAGUACAGCGGACCGGGGUCGCAAGAGGUAACGCACGAGUUCUCGGUAGACUUCCAGUCGUACGUGGCUGCGUCCCUAGGCUACGUGGUCGUUACGGUCGAUCCUCGCGGCACCGGCUUUGCGGGACGGAGCAACCGGGUGGUUGUUCGCGGGCGUCUGGGCGUGGUAGAGUCGCACGACCACAUCGCGGCAGCACAGCACUGGGCGUCGCUUCCUUACAUUGACGGUGACCGGCUAGCUAUCUGGGGCUGGUCGUAUGGCGGCUUCACAACGCUCAAGACGCUAGAGCAAGAUGCCGGCCGGACGUUCCGCUACGGCAUCGCCGUGGCGCCGGUGACCGACUGGCGCUUCUACGAUUCCGUCUACACGGAACGCUACAUGGACACGCCGCAGGCCAAUGCGGUUGGCUACGACACCGGUGCCGUCACCAACGCCUCAGCCCUGGCGCAGAACGUUCGCUUCCUCAUCAUGCACGGCAUCGCCGACGACAACGUCCACCUACAGAAUUCGCUGGCCCUGCUGGACCGCCUCGACAUUGAGGGCGUCUCCAACUACGACGUCCACGUCUUUCCCGAUAGCGACCACAGCAUCUACUUUCACAACGGCCGGCAGAUUGUCUAUGACAAGCUGGAAAACUGGCUGAUUAACGCCUUCAACGGCGAGUGGCUCAAGAUAGACAACGCAAAGCCACAGGGCAAGCGAUAG